AGUGAGUCGAAGUGGUGGAUCGCUCGUAUAGACACAACUAAACGUUCUUUUCAGCCCCUCGCACAGUCGCAUGUAGUACGUAGUCUCCAACGGUUGCUACACGUGACGCGCGACUUCACUAAAUUUACUUAAAAACUUUGUUGGCUUUUCAAUUGUCUUAACAAUUGUUCAACUAUGGAGAUUGAUAUCUUUUUAAAGCAGUGAUUUAUGAAAAUUUAUUGGAAGUUUGAAGUGUUGAUGUUACAUUUAAGGUUAAAAUGUAAUCUUUUAAUUUUAUUAACAAUUAUAUUAUGGAGACAAUGAUGAUGGAAUGAGAAUGAUUUUAUUCUGACUAAGGAAUAGGUCAAGGGUUAACAUAUAUAAAGAUAAGACUUCAAACCUUUGAUACGAAAAUUUUUUGUCGCUUGAAAAUUUUUUCUUCAACGUAUCACACUGUUUUUUUGUGGAUUUCAUGGAAACAACUGCCUGUGUUCUCGUUAUAAUUGGACAAAAUAUUUACAACUGUAAAACAAUUAAAAGAGGAUGAAGAAAAAAUUCGCUUUACUAGCAUGAUUAAAAGUAUUGCGAAAGCGAUAUUUGGCUUUCUGCUGAUUUUGAAGAAUCUAGAAGCAGCCACUAUUGUGGAUCAUUUUGCUAACGAUGACUAUUUCUUGGAGCAUGAAGUAUCUUAUGAAGAUGCCAUUGCAAAGGCUAGAAACCUCAGUAUUUCACAAGAUCCUAUACCUGGAUGUAAAGCAUGUACGUACGAAGAGAUGACCUACUGUAAAGACGGAAGUGUUAUUAGUGAUCAUUGUUGCUGUGACAGUACCUAUGAUAGGGUGUUUUCUUUCGUCGAACAUGUAUGUUAUAUUGGACGACAUGCGUGCAAAUCGAAAGCUGAUAACUGUGCUGAAUAUGAAAGACUAAAAAAGUGCUGUUGCUACUCAUACUUGAGCUCUGUUUGGAAAUAUCGUGCUGGUGGUGUUGACGCCAUAAAACCAAAUCUACUGAUAUUUUUCAAACUUUUACUGUUACCUUACAUACUUCAAAGAAUAUUUUGAUGGAUAUUUUAUAAAUGUAAAGAUGUACUAUAUAAGUAUCAAGUGUAAAGCAUGCUUUUGGUGUAAUAAAUUAUUUUUUAUAGUUA